AUGGAGGAGACGCCGCCGGCGCACGCGUCUCCUCCGUUCGCCCCGGCGCCCUUCACUCCGCCGCCGCGCGUCUUCUCACCCGGCCUCGCCGCCGCGCGGGGCACGCCCAGCCCCGGCUCGGGGCCCAGCCCCGCGACGGCGCACCUCAGCACGCCACCCGGCCCGCCCGUCUUCUCCUCGCCGCUGCGCCCCGCGGCCGUGCCGUUCCGCGCCACCCCGGCCUCGCCCCACCCCGUGCCCUUCGCCGCCUCGGGGGGCUACUCAUCGUCGUCGUCCGCCACUGCCGCCACCACCGCCUCCCUCCCCACCUCGUCGGCGCCGCACUUCCUCAACGGCGCUGCCACGCCUCACGGGGACCACGCCCCCGCGCCGUCACCGCUCCAGGGGGACGGCCUCGACAACCCCUAUGUACAGUUCUCCGCAAACAAGGUGUUGAAGCAGAAGAAGCUGCUCAAUGCCCCUAGCUUGGGGUUUGGAGCUCUGGUUUCUCCAGGGAAGGAGGUGUCCACUGGCCCAGAGGUUGUGGAGCGUGAUCCACGCCGUUGCCUGAACUGCGGGGCAUAUGUGAACUUGUACUGUGAUGUCCAGAUCGGCUCCGGGCAGUGGCAGUGUGUCAUUUGUAAGAAGCUCAAUGGCAGCGACGGGGAAUUUGUGGUCUCCAGCAAGCAGGACCUGCUCCAUUGGCCAGAGCUCGCAUCCACGACUGUGGAUUAUGUGCAGGUGGGGAACAAGCGGCCAGGCUUUGUCCCGGUGUCCGACACAAGGGUGUCCGGCCCCAUUUUUAUCCUCAUAGAUGAAUGCCUAGAUGAGGCGCACCUGCAGCAUCUCCAGGGCUCCUUGCAUGCCUUUGUGGAUUCGCUCCCUCUUACCGCAAAGAUAGGAAUAAUCACCUACGGGAGAACUGUCUCAGUGUAUGAUUUCUCAGAGGGGGCAGCAGUGUCAGCGGAUGUGCUACCUGGAAACAAGUCGCCUACCCAUGAGUCUUUGAAGGCUCUAAUCUAUGGGACGGGUGUUUACCUGUCUCCUAUACAUGCUUCGCUACCUGUUGCACACACAAUAUUCUCAUCUCUGAGACCCUAUCAGCUGAGUGUGCCAGAAGUGUCAAGGGAUCGGUGCGUUGGAGCAGCAGUAGAGGUUGCCCUUGGUAUUAUUCAAGGGCCAUCAGUGGAGUUGUCUCGUGGAAUCAUCAAGAGAUCAGGUGGCAACUGCAGGAUCUUGGUAUGUGCUGGUGGCCCUAGCACCUUUGGACCUGGAUCAGUGCCUCAUUCGGUUAAACAUCCGAACUAUGCUUAUCUGGAGAAGACAGCUAUGAAGUGGAUGGAGAGUCUUGGUCAUGAAGCACAGAGACACAGUACUGUCGUUGAUAUCUUUUGUGCUGGACAAUGUCCUGUGAGGGUCCCUGUUCUGCAACCAUUGGCAAAGUGUUCUGGAGGUGUGCUCUUAGUUCAUGAUGACUUUGGAGAGGCCUUUGGGGUCAAUUUGCAAAGGGCAUCAACUAGAGCAGCUGGUUCCCAUGGCUUAUUCGAGAUCAGGUGUUCAGAUAACAUGCUUGUUACUCAAGUUAUUGGCCCUGGUGAAGAGGCGUCUCCUGAUUCUCAUGAAACAUUCAAGCAUGAUAGUUCAUUUUGUAUCCAGAUGCAUAGUGUUGAGGAGACGCAGAGUUUUUCUGUGUCUAUGGAGACAAAGGGUGAUAUCAAAAGUGAUUUUGUUUUCUUUCAGUUUGCAGUCCAUUAUUCCAAUAUAUAUCAAACAGAAAUCACUCGGGUGAUCACUAUGAGGCUGCAGACAGUUGAUGGUUUGUCUGCAUAUCUGGCAAGUGUGCAGGAGGAUGUUGUGUCGGUUAUCAUUGGUAAAAGAACCGUAUUGCGUGCCAGGACUGCCUCUGAUGCUAUUGAUAUGAGGCUCUCAAUUGAUGAAAGAGUAAAGGACAUAGCUCUCAAAUUUGGUACUCAGGCCCCAAAAUCAAAGCUUUACCGCUUCCCAAAAGAACUAGCAUCACUCCCAGAGUGUUUGUUUCAUCUGAAAAGGGGACCACUUUUAGGUAGCAUAGUUGGGCAUGAAGAUGAAAGAUCUGUACUUAGGAAUUUGUUCCUGAAUGCGUCGUUUGACCUUUCGCUCCGUAUGCUGGCACCUCGGUGCAUAAUGCAUCGUGAAGGUGGUACAUUUGAGGAGUUGCCAGCAUAUGAUCUUGUCAUGCAAUCUAAUGCUGCAGUGGUACUGGACCAUGGAACAGAUAUUUUCAUUUGGUUGGGUGCUGAGCUAGCAGCCCAAGAAGGACAAAGUGCAGCAGCUUUAGCAGCAUGCCGUACUCUGGCAGAAGAGCUCAGCGAGCAACGUUUUCCAGCUCCCAAGAUACUAUCAUUCAAACAAGGAAGCUCUCAGGCUAGAUAUUUUGUCUCACGCCUGAUCCCAGCUCACAAGGACCCUACAUAUGAGCAGCCACGCCACAGCCGUUGCCCACCACCACCCAGAGCACGCGGCGGCUUGUCGCCGUGCGCGCCGGCACCACCACCACACGAGGCGCUGGAGGAAGCCAUCAAGCGCACGCGCACGCCCAUGGCCAUGGCGCCUCACGCCUCGGCGGCCACCGCAGCCGCUACCCCUGCCCUGCGCUUUCCCCACACUUUGUCCGCCACGGGCCUCUCCUCGUCGCCUCUCGCUGGGGGCUGCGGCGGCUGCCGGGCUCGGUUCCGCCCCAGCCGGCGCGGCCCGGGUAUGCAGGGGCGGCGAGAAGGUGGCUCUCACGUGGUGCGCGUGGGGGGCCUGCUGGGCAGCGUAUUCGGCGGGGUUGGCCGCGACGACGGGGAGGCCACGCGGAAGAAGUACGCCGACACCGUGGCGCGCAUCAACUCCAUGGAGCCCGAGGUCUCCGCGCUCUCGGACGCCGACUUGCGCGCACGCACCGCCGCGCUCCAGGACCGUGCUCGCUCCGGCGAAUCCCUGGAUUCCCUUCUCCCCGAAGCAUUUGCUGUUGUGAGGGAGGCUUCCAAGAGAGUUCUAGGCCUCCAUCCCUUUGAUGUGCAGUUGAUUGGUGGCAUGGUUCUGCACAAGGGGGAGAUUGCAGAAAUGAAGACUGGAGAGGGGAAGACUCUUGUGGCCAUUCUGCCAGCAUACUUAAAUGCUUUGAGUGGGAAAGGAGUGCAUGUUGUCACUGUAAAUGAUUAUCUUGCAAGACGUGAUUGUGAGUGGGUUGGUCAAGUUCCCCGAUUUCUAGGACUGCAGGUUGGCUUAAUUCAACAGAACAUGACACCUGAGCAAAGGAGGGAAAAUUACUCAUGCGAUAUUACUUAUGUCACAAACAGUGAGCUUGGUUUUGAUUAUCUAAGAGAUAACCUUGCAAUGACUGUAGACGAACUUGUUUUGAGGAACUUCAAUUACUGUGUGAUAGAUGAAGUUGAUUCAAUCCUUAUUGAUGAAGCAAGAACACCUCUUAUAAUAUCAGGCCUAGCUGAAAAGCCAAGCGACCGGUAUUACAAAGCAGCAAAAAUAGCUGAAGCUUUUGAGCGAGACAUUCAUUACACGGUGGAUGAAAAGCAAAGAAAUGUUUUACUUACAGAAGAAGGUUAUGCUGAUGCUGAAGAAAUACUGGACAUAAAUGAUCUAUAUGAUCCUCGUGAACAGUGGGCUUCAUAUGUUCUAAAUGCAAUCAAGGCUAAGGAGCUCUUCCUUAAAGAUGUCAAUUACAUUGUUCGUAGCAAGGAAGUGCUUAUUGUAGAUGAGUUUACUGGGAGAGUUAUGCCGGGCAGGCGAUGGAGUGAUGGUCUCCAUCAAGCAAUUGAAGCAAAAGAAGGUGUAACUAUACAAAAUGAAACCAUAACACUCGCAUCAAUAAGUUACCAAAACUUCUUUCUUCAGUUCCCCAAACUCUGUGGGAUGACUGGAACUGCAGCUACAGAGACCCAAGAGUUUGAGAGCAUAUAUAAACUUAAAGUUACUGUUGUUCCAACAAACAAGCCAAUGAUACGGAAGGAUGACUCAGAUGUUGUUUUUAGAGCAACAAAUGGAAAAUGGCGUGCUGUUCUUGUGGAGAUGUCAAGGAUGAAUAAAGUUGGCCGUCCUGUGCUUGUUGGUACCACCAGUGUUGAGCAAAGCGAAUCUUUAUCAGAGCAAUUGCGUGAAGCUGGGAUUCCUCACGAGGUCCUGAAUGCUAAGCCAGAGAAUGUUGAGAGGGAGGCAGAGAUCGUAGCUCAGAGUGGACGCCUUGGUGCUGUGACAAUUGCCACCAAUAUGGCGGGACGUGGAACUGAUAUUAUCCUUGGUGGCAAUGCAGAAUUCAUGGCCAGGUUGAAGUUGCGUGAGAUCCUUAUGCCAAGAGUCGUCAAUCCAAUAGAUGGCGUUAUUGUAUCCAAAAAGCAGAUGCCACCAAGAAAGACAUGGAAGACGAACGAAAGCUUGUUCCCAUGUGAACUUUCAAAAGAAACAUUAUCAUCCGUCAAAGAUACAGUUGAAAUGGCUGUCAAAGAAUGGGGAGAGAAAUCAUUAACUGAACUGGAAGCAGAAGAGCGGUUGUCCUACUCAUGUGAGAAGGGACCAACACGUGAUGAAGUAAUAGCAAAUUUGAGAAAUGCAUUUAUGAAGAUAGCAGACGAAUAUAAAAUUUACACUGAGGAGGAAAAGAAGAAGGUCAUUACAGCAGGUGGGCUUCACGUAGUAGGGACAGAGCGCCAUGAAUCGCGCAGAAUUGACAAUCAGCUCCGUGGUCGAAGUGGAAGGCAAGGGGAUCCUGGAAGCUCUCGCUUCUUUCUUAGUCUCGAGGAUAAUAUUUUCCGGAUCUUUGGAGGUGACAGGAUACAGGGUCUGAUGCAAGCAUUCCGAGUUGAAGAUCUUCCUAUCGAAUCGAAAAUGCUAACAAGGGCUCUAGAUGAAGCACAACGAAAAGUUGAGAACUACUUUUUUGACAUCAGGAAGCAGUUGUUUGAGUAUGAUGAGGUAUUGAAUAGCCAGAGAGAUCGUGUAUAUGCAGAAAGAAGACGUGCUCUUGCAUCUGACAGUCUUGAGUCACUUAUUGUGGAAUACGCUGAAUUGACAAUGGACGACAUAUUAGAGGCUAACAUAGGCCCUGAUACUCCAAAGGAAAAUUGGGACCUGAGCAAACUUAUAGCUAAGCUGCAACAGUAUUGCUAUCUGUUGGAUGACUUGACACCAGAAUUGUUGGAGGGCAAAAGCUCAAGCUAUGAGGAUUUGCGGGAGUACCUCCGUAAGCGAGGGCGUGAAGCUUACUUCCAAAAAACUGAAAUUGUGGAGAAGCAAGCUCCAGGAUUGAUGAAGGAAGCUGAGCGGUUUCUAAUUCUCAGCAAUAUUGAUAGGCUGUGGAAAGAACACCUGCAGGCACUAAAGUUUGUCCAACAAGCUGUUGGUUUAAGGGGUUAUGCCCAACGAGAUCCCCUUAUUGAGUAUAAACUUGAGGGAUAUAAUCUUUUCUUAGACAUGAUGGCUCAAAUCAGGAGGAAUGUUAUUUAUUCUGUAUAUCAGUUCAAACCAGUAGUGAAGAACCAAGAAGAGGAAGCAUCCCAAAAGAAGAUGUCAAAAAAGAAACUGGACAAAGGAGCUAACAAACUUGGUGCUGCCCAAGCUGCGUCAUGA